AUGAUGUCCCUUAGUGCUACUGGUGCAAAAAGGGAGAGGUCCCAAGGCGCAGUUCACCGCCUUGUGGGCUACGGAGGAGCCACUGUUGCCUGCAGGGACCUACCCCUCUCCAUGCCCUGUCCAGGUAGCUACAGUCACUGCUUCGACUACACCCUUAACUGUGACAUGAGCCAAGUCCCUCAAGGACAGGUCCUCGCCAGUCAGGACUCCUCGGUCCAGGCAGGAGAGGCGGAGCGGCAGGAGAGCACGGAUAGAGUGCGCGGCGCUCAGGAGUUCAGAUGGAAGCAGUUGUCUGCAUUUGAGGGAGAGCACCAUUCCUCACUAGAGAGGGUGUUUGAAGUGGCGGCACAGACAGCAGAGGAAUCACAGCCUCAGAGGGAUCUGCUGAAGGAAGCAGUUCCUCUGGCAGCGCCAAAGGUUUGCCGCCCGCAGCGGCCAGCCCACAGGGGUCUGGAGAAGCUGCUCCAGGAGUUCUCUCGCCAAGGGCACGCACUGUCCCAGGUGUGCAGAGAGAAGGCGGUGCUGGCGCAAGAGAACGCUGCCCUGGAAGCCCGACUGGCAGCCACGGAGCGGGACCUACGAGGCGUUUCAGAGCAGCUGGCAGAGGCCAGUUUGACAUGGGAUUUUCAGAAUUCAAGGCUCUUACAUGGGAAUGUUGUGAGUAGGGUGCUGAUGCUUCAGCUGAAGAUGGAAGGUCAUGCUGAAAAAAAAUCUUGAGACUCUUCAGAGCUCACUCUUGUGGAGUAUGAUGCAGGACCUAGAGUAGCUUAUUAGCAGCAGCAGCAGCAGCAGCAGGGAAAGGUCUUG